CAAACUAUGAUUUUACACUCACCUCGUACAACCCUUUAUCAAACACCAUUGGUAUCCAAUCCUAGAAAUCUUCAAACACUAGCCAAAAACCAGACCAGUUUUUCACCAGCCACCAAGUUGUUCUUUACUACAAGAAAACAUGUAAUAAGAAGAUGUAUUAAUAGCCAAGGUGGUGAAGGGGAGAAGAAGACAGAAAGGAGGAGUUUCCUUUCUCUAGAAGAAGCUGGUUUGGUGGAAAUAUCUGGUUUAAGCACUCAUGAAAGGUUCCUAUGUCGAUUAACGAUAUCAUCUUUAAAAUUACUGAGAGUGAUAUCAGAACAAGAAGGAUGUUCAAUUGAAGAACUGAAUGGUGGAAGGGUAUGUGAUUGGUUUGUGAAAGAUAAACUGAAGAGGGAACAAGAUAUAGAUUCUGCAGUUCUUCAAUGGGAUGAAUCUGAAUUCCCAGUUUGAGACUU